GUCUGAUUAUUCCAUUAGUUCUAAUUCUUGAUAUUGGUUUACUGAUAAGAAGAUAGUUGAAGUCGGAACUAACGGCUGGACGGUAUUCAAUUAUGUUUUCUUAUGACUCUAGAUAGUAUUGAUUUCCAUUAAUGGGAAUUUCAAUUUCAUAAUUUAAAUGUAAUAUUCAGAAUUCUAAACAGGAUAAAAUCCUUUAGAAGUUUAAGUCAGUAAAUUAGACAGUUCCAAAACUGUGACUCUACGUAUAAAAUGUUUUCAAGUGUAUUCAACAGUGGUUGUAUGCUGAAAAAAAGAUUUGGAUAUUCUGGCAUGACUAUUGCAGUUGUAUUGGCCAUUGCAUUGUACGUAAGAAGUGUAUAUUUUUGCAAUACACAAACAGUAUAUAAAUAUUACAAUAUCCGGUCUGGAGUCAAUGAAGGACUGACGUUAGGAGGGUGUCAGGGGUUUCUGCUGAACGGCAAGCCUCUGACCAUCACCAGUGGUACUAUACACUACUUCAGAGUACACCCCUGCUACUGGAGGGAUCGGCUUAGAAAACUUAGGGCCAUGGGUGCUAUCGCUGUUAAAACAGAUAUUCCAUGGAAUCUUCAUGAACCUUAUAAAAAUAUAUACGACUUCGGAAACGAAAAUUUAGAGAUGUCUGUUUUUUUGGACAUCGUAAAUUUUGUUCAGAUUGCCAAAGAAGAAGACCUUUUAGUGAUUGUUGGCAUAGGACCCUAUAUUAACGCACUCAUGGAUUUUGGUGGUCUCCCGAGCUACUUAAUUGGCGACGGAGUUAAAAUUCGUACAUCUGACCCAAGGUUCUUGGCUAGAGUAGAGCUUUUCUUUAGCAAGCUAUUACCUUUAUUGGCUCCUCAGCAAGUUCACCGUGGAGGUCCUAUCAUCAUGUUUCAGCUGGAAAACUCCUAUGGCUCAAUAAGUCCAGCCGAUGCAGACACACAGUACUUGGCCCACUUGCACAGAAUGACUAGACAGAAUGGCAUCACUGUCUUGCUAACCACUUGUGACUCAGUUGCUGCUAGUCUUGCCAGAGGAGCUCUGUCGCAGCUUGAAGACAAUGAUAUGAAUGUUUUACAGACAACCAACUCAGAAACCGAUCCGCUGGCUCAGAUUGAAACAUUGAAGACUCUACAGCCGAACAAGCCAGCAUUCAUUCACUUCCGCACUGGCCUUGUGGACUAUUUGGAUUGGCCUACCCGUAACAUCUGGCUCACUCAUGAGUAUGAGGCUGCUCUGCAGGAGGUGAUUCAUACAUCUGCUUCUAUCAACCUCCAGAUGUUCUGUGGAGGGACGAACUUCGGCUUCCAUAAUGGCGCCACUGGAGGUGACACUCCAGAUUCCUACCAUCCUCACACAACGAGUUUUGAUUUUGACGCUCUACUGACUGAAGCAGGCGAUUAUACAACAAAAUAUGGAGUCACUUUGGAGUUAUUCAGGGGUAUGCAUCCCUCUCUCUACCACCCCCCUCCACCAGUCAGUCCGUCUCCACCACGUCGUCUGUCUUUGACCUUGACCCCUGCCCAGGAACUGGUAUGGUCCGACAUUGUACGCCAACUGGUAAAUGGUCAACUACAUGGAGAGAAUAACUUCGUAGCUAUGGAAGACUUACAGGAUGUUGGAGACAGGAAGCAGGACUACCAGUACGUCCGCUACUCCCUAGACAUCCGGGUUGUGAAACGCAAAUGCAGACUCCGAGUGAUGGGCCGUAUAAGGGACGUAGCUAUGAUUCUGGUGGACGGCUGGAGAGUUGGACCUAGACUUCCAACUGGGACCCAACAUUUUGGAUUCUGGGAUUCCGAGAACAAUCUGCUGGAGCUGGACGCCUUGCCUGGAGUCUAUAGACUCGAACUACUGGUAGAGAAUUGUGGGAGGAUCAGCUACUCCGAGAAUCUUGAUUGGCUGGCGGAGAAGAAAGGAUUGGGCCCAGAGAACAGAAUUGUAUUACAAUACGCCAAUCCUGUUAGCAAACUGAACAUCACUGGGGUGCCUCUUCUGUCUCAUUGGAUUAACAGCUUGACAGGCUGGAGGAACAAGGUGAGAUAUGAGAUUAAAGGAGCCCCGAGUCUGAUAAGAACCACAUUCUAUCUGACAAGUGACCUUAUCGCCGACACGUUCUUAGACAUCGGCGACUGGGGGAAAGGUGUUGUGUUUGUCAACGGCUUCAACAUAGGACGAUAUUUCUGUGGUAGUCCUCAUCAAACGUUAUAUGUACCUGCGCCGCUUUUAAAAGUAGGAGAAAACACGAUUGUCAUUUUUGAACAUUACUACAAUGCGUACUUCAUCAAGCUUAUUCCUGGACCAAGAUUCUUGCAGUAAAAAUCAGUGAACACUGAAACGACACAUGUCACGGAUUGAGUCUUAUUUUGUUAUCAAUGCAUUAUAUUGUUUAGAAACAAUCAAUAUAUAAUACUUUAUAAAUUAUAAAAUAAUUAACUAUUAAAUUCUAUCAUUGUUAUUUGUUUUACAUUUUUAAGACAUAAACACUAGUUUUCUUUUAUUUUAUUGUAA